AUGACUACCGAAGUACCGUAUUUUACCAACACAGCAAACGGAUACGUCCCGGCAAAGUUGGCCCACCGUAGCACCAGCCUUCAACCGUUGAAGUUGUUUCGCUUCGUGCUAAACCAUGUCAUUCCCGACACGGUGAGAUUUUUGGUGCAGUUAAUCCCACUGAUUGUAAGUGGAGUGAUAGGGCUUGUGAUGCCGGGCAAAAGGAAAUCCAUCCACGGCCAUACAGCCCUUGUUACCGGCGGUGCCAACGGUUUGGGACGGGCAUUGUGUCUUCGGCUAGCCCAAGAAGGUUGCCAUGUUGCCGUGGUCGAUAUCGAUAUGGCCGGUGCCCAACGAACCGUAGAAGACGUGCGCAAGCUUGGUGUUAAGUCGGAAGCGUUUCUGGCCGAUAUUGCAAACUACGAAGCGGUGGAACGAUUACGGCUAGAGGUGGAAUCGAAACUUGGUCCGGUUGAUGUGCUGGUCAAUAAUGCUGGUCUGCUGGCGGUGCUUUCGCUCAGCGAGGGUAAAGCCACCGAUCUGGAGCGCAUUAUUAAUGUGAAUCUACUAUCACAUUUCUGGACGAUACGCGCCUUCAUGCCUGGCAUGAUCACUAGACACCGUGGUCAUAUCAUCGGUAUUGCCUCAAUCGCAGCUUACUUCCCGGUGGGACGCUUCAUUCCGUACACGGUAACCAAGUACGCCGUCCGGGCGCUAAUGGAAUCGCUCAAUAGCGAGCUGCGGAUGGAUGGGCUGGACAAUACGGUACAAACGACCUGCGUCUAUCCGGCGCUGAUUGCAACACGCCAACAGUUCAUGGAUAUGCUCGACAAGCUUAAUUUCCUGAAGCGAUUCUACGUGUUCACUCCAGAGCAGGUAGCGAAUGAAGUUAUCAAGGGUGUCCUUAUCAACAAGCGCGAAGUGUUUGUCCCGAACAUUAUGGCACUGUUUAGCAAACAGUUCGAAUGUUUACCGGCAAGCCUUAGGCAUCUGCUGGUGUCCUGUGUUAUGCGGGGCAAAAUACCGAAGCUAACGGUACGAAACUAG